CGGUAUAUGUUUCGAUCCGUGACUUCGCCCGCUUACCUGGCAACUCUGGCGAAUGCGCUUCGGAUUUUGAUUGCAAACGUGCACGGCCACCCAAUGCAAAACAAGUGUCUUUCGGCGUGAUAAGAACCAGAACCCGCAAUCAACGAUUUAAUUAUUUGGUGGAAUAAUUGCAAGUUCCAAAACUAUGCCAUAAGGAGCAAUCGCUAUUAAAGCAGUCAGUGUGGAACCAGCAAGAUGCAGAAGCAAGAGGAGGUGCUGUCGCGCCUGCGGACGAUAUUCGACAUAUUUUUGCGCGAGAACUUUUCCACUACCAACAAUGUUUACUUUGAGAAGCUCCUCACACACUUGCAGGCCAAGGAGAACGCCUUUGUGCUGCAGGCCCCAUUUGUGGUGGAGUGGGUGGACAGGUGCAUCACAGCGGUGACCGAGGACUUUAACAAGAUCCACCCAAAAGUAAUAUCCUUUAUGCUGAAUCUGACCAGUUUUCUGGCGAACAACGAGUGGAUGAUUGUGCGCCUAAGGGAGCUGGAUAUAGUAAACAGAGCAGUAAAACUCCUACAGAGGGAACAUAACUUAAGCCCAUCAAUAAAGCUAGGCGGGAUACGUCUGAUGAAAGCCAUCACCGUGUAUAGCAUGGUUCUGGCCUUUCUGCGGAUGCACCGCAUCUGGACGCUGCUCAUCCAGUAUUCCAACAACGAUCACACGUUGUACGUGGUGCGGGAGGCCCGCCAGGUGCUCUACAACAUGCUGUACAAGUCAUGCGACAAGCUGCACGACAAGGCUGUUACCCUGGAGAUUCUGUCUGAGAUUAUGCAGCCGAUUCACGACAAUCUGUAUAAAAACACCGACGGCGUGGAGCGCAUACACAUCAAGGUGGAUGACAACGAGUUGUUGCACAAGAUCUCGGCGACACUGGAUCUGCUGUCCUACAUACUACAACAGACCCUCAUUCUCGAGGAGCGCACCACUUUGAUAACCCUGCUCAAGGAGUAUCACGAUUUCGAGAUUACCAUUUGGAAGCUGAUCGAUAUGACCCACAACCCGUACUUUAUUGAGAAGAUUUUCACCACGCUGAGCAGCUACAACUUUGCGCUGCUCUUGCAUGAAAAGCUGCUAAAUCCGGACGCUACCGAGCCCCCUGAAGAGUUUACCGAGUUCGGGUUGGCAUUUUUUAAUCUCAUGAAAUUUUUUAUUACUCGCAAGGAUGGCUUAAGCUUUGUGAAGUUGGCGGAGCUUAAUCAUGUGCUGUGGAAAAAACUGGGACCCCGUGCGCCAAAGGAAAUUGUCAUUCAACAAGAACGCGUUACGUUUGAAAACCAGCUUAUCUGCUUUCAUAUGCUGCCGUUGCUCUUCUCUAUGAAGUAUGCGCAGAAGGUCACCGACGAAGAGAAUAAGGUAGAGCUCUUCGACGCCUAUGUUGUCAAGUUGCUGGAGAUCUCCUGCGAACAAACCUUGCGGCUCUGCUACACAAUGAGGGAUACCUUCUUUUCUGCAGAUGGCAUGGCUGUUGGUUUGGUGACGGCCGGUCUGGCAAACAAAUGCAUACACAGUCUGCUGGCUCUGGAAAACGUUCUUGAUCGGGAGCAGGCGAUUACUGUGUGCCAGGCUUUGCUAUAUGUGCUCCGCGAGGCAGUAGCCAUGAGUGUAAUUACAAACAAUGCACAAGAUGACUGUCACAGCGUAAGCAGCGCAGGCAGCUCUUACCUAGAAUUGUAUCCCCGGGGCACCGAACAGGUCGUCAACGAUCCACAGGUUUUGCAUUCCGUAAUGGUGGGUUUGCGCACCUUGAUCGAACGCUUCAAGAUCACGUGGAAGGAGUCGGUGGAGACCAUUGGCCUCGUCAAUUGUCUGGCCUUUGUCCUGGAGAACACAAACAUGGAUGCCAGAUGCACGGUGCAGGCGCUGAAGCUCGUCCAGUUGGCUGUGGAACACUUCCUUUCACCGAACAUGGCUCUUUUGGUAGACAACUUGCAGGGCUCCGCACUGGUCUGCCUGGGUCCCAUUAUCGUGAAGCGAAUGCACGACACAAUGUGGGAGGUGCGUGACACAACGCUGGAGCUCACCACCUCUAUUGCCAGUAUCUCCCGAAUCAAGUUUCCUGCUUUUCAACGGUUUCUCAUCGACUCAAAGAUACCUCCGAUAGUUUACGAAAUGGCCAAGAAUGACUCGGAAGUCUAUGUCCGAGCGUCUGCUUUCAAAUGUCUUUCCCAAAUGGUAUCCAUAAACCUUUUGUGGGAGAAUGGUCUAAGCCAACUCGAUCUUGUGGACCAUCUUCUGUUUGUAAUGUAUCGAGAGAACAACGAUAUCGUAAGAGCUGAGGCCGUGAUUACGCUGAUGAAGAUCUAUGAGCACCGUAAGAUCCACGAGAAGUACAAGAACACGCUCUUCUCAACCCUUAACUAUUGUGUAAUCGGGGAUCAUCACACGGAGGUGAAGCUGAAUGCGCUGAAUUUUUGGCGCCGGGAGUUCUACCGCCAGUUCAGCAAUCAGGGCAUGAUAGAUGGCUCUUUUCCCACAGUGACCUUCUCUAAGGAGCAGAAGAAGAUUGUCACGCUGACGGAAAAAGAAAUCCAAACCAGCAUUGCCAAAGUAUUUGGUGAAGUACAACAGUACGGAUAUUUUGGCAUCCUACUCAAGUGCCUGCGCGAGGAGACUUCAAUGGAGGUUCUAGAAUUCCUUAUAAAGGGCGUCAAGAUCAUGACGGAAAAGUUCGUGCGCUACAAAGGCAUAAUGGAGGAGAUUGAAAUGAGAUCCCCGCUCUCGGACAGAGAGCGGCCAACAUUCGACUUCCCUUGCCAAGCGCAGCCAACUUUAAUUCCGCAGCAGCCACCGGUCAAUCUCACCGAGGCGGACGAAGUCAUCGAGUCCAUAUUGAACUCGCAGGAUGUCCAACUCCUGGAGAAGGCAUUUGAGACCCAGAUGCAGAUAAACGAGGAAGGAAAAACAGCAGAGAAGCGGCACAUCGAUGAGUUUUACUAUAAGCAGUUUGCGGUGCCAUUGCGGCAGUUCUUUGAGGAACUUAAGACCAUUGACCUGGACCAGUUGGUCAAGCAGCACCAGGAGUGGUUCGAGUGCAAGGAGAACUUUACCUCCCUGCUGGAUGACAUCCUCGGUGCGCUGAAGCGCGACGAUGAGAACAUGAUUUCGGACUGUUACUAAUCCCGAGCUAAGCCGUUUUCCAGUCCAAACCUCUCUGUGAAGUAAGCUAAAAGUGUUUUUCCGUGAAAUAGAAAAUAUUUUUGAUAACUAA